GAGAACAUUAUAAAAGACAUAAAAGAAUUAUUUUUUUCUGAAAAUUGUUUGUAUUUAGUCGCAGUGCGAAUUAGUUGUGUUUAACUGCAUUAUAGUACCGUUUCAUUGUGAAACAUUUCCAAAUGACCAAAGUAUUAUUAAUCUGUGAAACGACAUAGUUCUUCUUUUCUAUACAAUUUUUUCAAGUUUAUUUCUCAGCAAAGAAAAAAAUCGUAGAGUUUCAUACAUAAAGGAAAAUAGAAAAAAAAAUAUUUGCACUCAUUACUACGAAUAAUAUAUCAAUAAUACUUCAUGUUAUCAGACAACUAAAUACAGUGAUUACAACAUAAUAUGUUCGAUGUUCAAUGUGUGUCAGCGAAUUCAAUGUUUUUCACCUAAUGGUGAUUUUUGUGUGAUUUAUUUGGAAGAACUUUAAAAUCAAUUUGUUUUCUUGGGAACACGUGUGACAUUGCAACUAUUUCCAUCAAAACUACUAUCUCGGUUUGACGGAAAUAAAUAUUUGGAUCGUUCUCUACACUCCACAAUCAAAACGAGUUGACAAUGGGAAAAUUUUCCGGAAAAAAAUGUCGUCUACUGACGAUGAUGUGGUUGACUGGAUUUUUCUUCUUUGUGGAAAUAAUCGUCGGUUAUAUGACAAAUUCAAUGGCAUUGGUGGCGGACAGUUUUCACAUGCUUGGCGAUAUAGCGGCAUUAGUGAUUUCAUUUCUUAGUAUAAAAAUGUCGCCAAAGAAAUGGUCAAAAAACACAUUUGGCUGGGCAAGGGCAGAGGUACUCGGCGCUCUAGUCAACGCUGUGUUUUUAGUUGCGCUGUGCUUCUCAAUAACCAUUGAAGCUUGCAAGAGAUUUGUUGAGGAAGAGAAAAUCCAUCAACCCGAAUUAUUGGUGAUUGUUGGCUCAAUUGGACUUUUUGUUAAUGUGAUAGGUUUAUUUUUACUAUACGAGCAUGGAGGUCAUCACGGACAUUCGCAUGGUGGUCUGUCACGACCAAACGCAACAUUAUCUCAGCUAAAUACAGACGACAAUGAGAAUAAUUCGUUUAUGUAUCAAAAUCAGGAGAAGCCACAAAUGAAGAAAGCUGCAAGUGCUCAUGGUCAUAGUCACGAUGCUGGACAAAUGAAUAUGCGUGGUGCAUUUUUGCAUGUACUUAGUGAUGCACUGGGUAGUGUUAUAGUUGUUAUUAGCGCAUUGGUUGUAUGGCUUACCGAGUGGGAGUACAGAUAUUAUUUAGAUCCAGCUUUAUCAAUUGUUUUAGUAGCUUUAAUUUUACAUUCUGUCUGGCCGCUGUUGCGGGAAUCGGCUCUUAUUUUAUUGCAAACAGUUCCUACUCAUAUUCAGGUUGAUGCCAUACAACAACGUCUUUUGGAGAAGGUCGAUGGAGUGUUAGCAGUUCACGAGUUUCAUGUUUGGCAGUUGGCCGGUGAUCGUAUCAUUGCUUCGGCACAUAUAAGGUGCCGCAACUUAUCAGAAUAUAUGAAAAUUGCUGAGCGAGUCAAAGAAUUCUUUCACAAUGAGGGCAUCCAUAGCACGACUAUUCAGCCAGAAUUUGUUGAAAUUGAAGGGAUUCAUAGUGGUUCGACUGACGGUAUGAUGAAUAAUUUGAAUGGAGGUAGUUCUCAAGACUGUUGUGCAUUGGACUGCCCAACUACUGAACAGGGAUGUAUUAAACAAACAUGCUGCCAAAAUAGCAAUAAGACUACACAACAAUCACCAUCGACAUCUCCUUUCUUAUGUCGGCAAAGGAAUUUAAGUACGCGCAGCAGUGACGUUGAAGUUGGUUCGUUAUUGGAAGCGCCAUCGUCUAUACAAAUUUUGUCGCCCAACGGUGACGUGACCAUACCAACCGUAGUUACGGGAACUGAUGAUAAACCAUCGGUUUGACAAACAAAUCUACGUACGAAAAAUAACACCAAUGAUUGUCCCAAUUGUCAGUCAUUGUCAGAAAGCUGUGAAAGUCGUCAUAAGUUUGCGACAAAUAAUAAAUUAUGUACAGUAAA